AUGAAACUGUACGCCCCCAUCGAGCUCAGAGGACACAACAACGAACAAAAAGAUAGCACGAAUACUACCCCCUACCCGACCGCCGCACCCGCCCCCCCCCCCAGAUACCGACCACAGAGGCAUCAGCGACACCCCACCAAACCCACCCACUACCCCGGAGACAAGACGAGAAUUUGCCACCCCAUGCCUCGACCCAAAGUUGCGCUCCCGGGACAGAUGAUGAAGUGCCACGGUACCACCACCGACACAGUGCGCCCGCCCGCCGUCCUACCCCCCGACCCCGUUACACAAUAA